AAUCUAUUUUAUCAUUUUAAAAAACAAUGAGUUUAAUUAACUACUUUUACAAAACACAUAUUUACCCUAUAUUAUAUGUUACAACAAAGUAAACCGUGGUCCAAAAUGAAUCAAUACGAAGAAUAUAUAUUAUAGAGUUUUCUUUCUUUUUUAUAUUCUUUUUCACUCUAUUAAUUCUCCACUGUGUCUCAAUUGUCAAUGUCCAUAUGUUUAAUUCUUCCUAUUCUUGUUCAAUCUUAUCUUGUGAUCAUCUUCAUAAUUCUAUGAAACAACUAUAUCUAUAUAAAUAUAUAAAUACUCAUCUAAACUAAGAAAAUUAUUUAUAUCAUAGAGAACAUGGAUGGGAGUACUAGUAAGGAGGAAGAUGUGCGAAUUUCGAUUGGUGAGCAACAAGAGACACAAACUUCAACUCCAACAAAACCGAGCUCUAGCUCUUCCAAUGCUGAUAGAAAUUUGAUUAAUGAAAUAAAAAAAGCUGAAAAGACCAAAAAGAGAGAAGUUGAAAAUGAUCACGACGAGCGAUCACAAAUAAAAAUACAAAAGGUUCCAGAAAGUAUCCUAAAAAAAGAGAUUUUUAAAGAUUAUUCCAUCAUGCCGAAAGUGAUUGCAAUUGGUCCUUUUUAUGUUAAUCGCGAUAAGUUGACGCAAAAAGAACUCAAGCAUAGAUUGGCAGCAAGAUUUAUUCGAAAUAGUGGCGAAGGUGGGGAGAUUCUUCUCUUAAAGUUCAAGAAAAAUUUCACUAGUGUUGAACUAAAGAAGCUCUUCAAGGAAAAGGUAAUUAAGAAUAAUAAUGAAGACAAACUAAUUAGGAUGUUGUUUGUAGAUGGGUGUGCAAUACUUCAAUUUAUAGAUAGUUAUGUUAAUAAUGACAUAAAAGAGUCUGAUGAGAUUAGUAAUAUUCAAGCAAAUGAGAUUUGUCAUGAUUUAUUUUUGGUAGAAAACCAAAUUCCCUUCAAAGUACUUUUGGUAUUAAUGAGAUUGAGCGAAAAAGGGAUUGAAUUCGCAAAAAGCAUCUAUUAUUUUUGUUCUAUGAACAUUAUGGCACCGUUAAUUUAUUGUUUGCCAAGGCUUCAACGAAACAUAGAUCGUUUACCUAUCUUACCUGAUCAGCAAAGACAACUCUUUAAAGAAGAUAACAACGUGCCUAUUCAUCUUCUUGACCUACUCAGAUCAGAACUCUUAUUUGUCGAUUCUAAAGAUAAUAGUAGUGUUAAUGUAGAUGAUGAUGAUAAGGGUACUAAAAUUUUUCUCUCUAGAUCUUCUUACAAACGAUCUUUUCGCAAUGUUCAAGAUCUUAAAGAAGUUGGCAUAAAGUUAAAGCCUGACUACUCUAUUGGCUUAAGAUCAAUAUCUUUCUCAUCUCGAUUAUUUACUUUCGGUCAACUUAACCUUCCACCCUUGAUUGUGGAUGAGACAACAAAACAAAAGUUGUUGAACUUGGUUGCUUAUGAAAUGUGCCUUAACAAAGACUAUGUUGUGACUUCUUAUUUGAGAUUGUUAGAUUCACUCAUCGAUUGUGAACAAGAUGUUAAAGACUUAAGAUCAGCAUACAUACUUAAAAAUAAUCUUGGUAGCGACGCACAAGUAGCUGAACUGUUCAACAGUAUAGGUAGCAUUUUGGUUACUUAUGAUGCUUAUGCGAGUGUAAAAAACAACAUACAAAAGCACUACGAAAGAAAAAUCGCUACUUGGAAUGCUCAAUUGUGUCAAGAACAUUUAAGAAAUCCUUGGACUACCCUAGGUGUUUUGGCUGCACUAGCUGGACUUUUGUUAACUGGAAUUCAAGCUUAUUACUCUAUACAUCCUAAAAAAACCUAAACUACCAUCACUAGAAUGAGUAUUGGUUUAACAAUGAAGACUACUCAUGGAAGAUGAGGAAAACUAAGUGAUCUUAAUUAAGGUUACUCUUUCUAUUAAUGAAGCAUUUAUAUGUAGUUGUAUUGUAUAAUUGGGAUUAGAUGGAAGACAUUAUAUGUAAUUAUUAGACAAUGGAUUUACCAUAUUUAUAAUAUUAUGUGUGAUUAGAUG